AUGGACUCCUCAAGCCUCUUCGAUGGUAAAGUAGUCUUAGUUACUGGUGGUGCCAAAGGCAUUGGACGUAUGAUAUCUGAGGGAUUCGUUACCAAUGGAGCUAUUGUUUACAUCACCGGUCGAGAUGCUGCUGCUUGCGACAAGGCAGUGAAGGAGCUGAAUGCCUUAGGAAAGGGAAAAGCUGUUGGGAUACCAGCAAAUCUAUACAAAGAGGAGGAGUGCAAGAUGCUCCUUGAAGAAUUUUCGAAAAGAGAAAGCAAAUUAAAUUGCUUGAUCAAUAAUGCAGGAUCUAAUUGGGGGGCGCCAUAUGAUGAGUACCCAUCCUCGGCCUGGACAAGAGUCUUGACACUCAAUUUGCAACGGGUAUUCGAAGUGACACAACUGUUCACUUCCCUUCUCGAGAAAGGAGCCUCUAAAGGUGACCCAGCAAGAAUCAUAAACAUUGGCAGCAUCGAUGGAUUGAGAGUCCCGUCUCUCGAGACCUAUGCAUACAGCGCCAGCAAAGCUGGCCUACACCAUCUCAGCCGUGUUCUAGCCCACCAUCUUGGAAGACGGAAUAUAACUUCCAACACGCUAGCAUGUGGGCCAUUUGAAAGUAAGAUGAUGGCCGCAACGUUGAAGAAGUUCAAAGACGUAAUCGAAUCGGGAAUCCCGUUGGGUCGCAUUGGAACCCCAGAAGAUGUCGCCGGAGCUUGUCUUUUCCUUAGCAGUAAGGCUGGGUCCUAUGUUAAUGGCGCAACGAUAUCGCUCGACGGGGGUAGUGUCAUCGCUGCUAAGAUGUAG